CUAGAAUUAUUUAUAACACUAUAUUAUAUGAAGAUAUAAAGCUCUGUAUAUAUACUGUAUAUUGAUCGAGAGCGUGCAGAUAACAGUUUAAGUCAUGAUGUAUUUAUAUAUGACCUCAAGUUUUCAUAUUUCUGUUGUCAGUUUUUAUAGAUAACUAAUCUAUACAGUUAAAGUUUAAUUCAAACAGUUUUAGGUCAGCGGCAAAUAUCUGAUGUUUGUGUUUUAAAUAAUAAACUCUUGGGAUUUUUAUUCAUAUACUAAGAUGGAAUGGCGUACGGUAGAAAUACGUGAUGAGAAGGGUGACGGGUUUGAUACAGUACAAUGUGAAGAUUUGGUGUUUCCUAAACAGUUCCUGCAUAUACAACCGGAUGUCAGAAUGAAAGAUAUAAAAGAAUUUAAAUAUCGUGACGGCGAUGUUCUUAUAUGUAGCUACCCAAAAACUGGAACUCACUGGGUGUUCAACUUGGUACACUUCCUGAUGGCACCAGGUCCAGUAGAACAAAAACUAAUGCCGAGCCCAAGACUAUUAGAUCUUCAUCCUUUAACAGAAAUAGAACAACUGCCAAGCCGCGCGUUUGCUAUUAUUUCUCUAAAACCAAACAACUUCCGGGGGAACUUUUUAAAGGGGCGGGGGAAAAUUCAUUUUGUUUGCUCGCCAACCCUGGGUGCCCACCAGGGUUUGUCACACUUUACCUACAAACGUCAUGAGGUUUUCAAUUUCAGCAAAUUAUCUUGGGACUGUUUCUUUGAUAACUGGACCAAAGGACAAAUCCCGACAGGAUCGUACUUUGAUUACUACAAUAGUUGGGAGAAAUCUUUACAAGAACAAAAUACAAACCUGAAUGUGCAUAUUGUGUUUUACGAAAACUUGAUCAAAGAUGGAUUAGGAGAGCUGAAAAAGUUGCAGCAAUUUCUUGGAGUGACCAACACGGAGGACAGGUUAAAUCAAAUACUGGAUAGAUGUUCAUGGAGGAGAAUAAAGGUGGAUGUUAAAACAGGGGAACAACCGGCGCAGCCAGACCAAUCUGAACUUACCAGGAAAGGCGUAAUUGGUCACUGGAGGAGUAAAUUUACUGUUUCACAAGAUGAAAUGUUCAACAAAAUACUGGAGCAGAAAUUUAAAAACAGCAUGUUUAACCAGCCUAUCUAAGCUUAUUUUGACAUUAAUUCAAAUGUAUUUUGUUCUUUAAUUUUUUUCUGUCUGUUUUACGCGGUUUGAUUUAAUAGUUUAUAAAUAAAUUCAAUGACCACUCAUAACCAGGCCCCGUGUUCACUAAGAAAAGAUCAGGAUCAGGAUCAAGUGAUCCUGAUUUUAUUUUCAUUGUUUAAUGUUAACAUUAAUGUUUAAUGUUACUAAAAUUAUUUGUGUUUUGUUGAAUUAAAUUGUAAAUAUUCAAAUUGUAAAAAUAUGCUGAUUUGCAAAGAAAACAAACUAUUUUAAGAUAAAAUCAACAAAUAACAAAACAAAUACAAACAUAUUUGGAUAAAAAAUAAGGAUCAAUUUUAGGAUCAGGAUAAAUAUUUGGAUCAACUGUAAAAUGCCCAUAUCUUGCAAAAUUAACAAUUAAUUAAUUCUAAAAUUUCAUAUACUUGCUAUUUCAGGUCCAGUUUUUAUCAAAUUUAUAAUUAGAUAUUUAUUUAUGAGGAUACACAAUGAAGAAUAUUAGGGUUUUUAAAUUUGAUCCUGAUCUUGAUCCUGAUCCUUAAAUCUUUGUGAACACGGGGCCAGGAUUCAAUGACGUCACACAUGGACGUCAUUAUUGUUAUUAUAUUAUAUAUGAGCCGUGUCAUGACAAAACCAACAUAAUGGGUUUGCGACCAGCAUGGAUCCAGACCAGCCUGCGUAUCCGCGCAGUCUGAUCAGGAUCCUUGCUGUUCGCUAUCAGUUUCUCUACUUGUAAUAGGGUUUGUAAGCGAACAACAUGGAUCCUGAUCGGACUGCGCGGAUGCGCAGGCUGGUCUGGAUCCAUGCUUGUCGCAAACGCAUAUUUUGGUUUUGUCUUGACACGGCUCACAUAUUGUUCAAGACGCAUAACAGUUCUUUAAAAAAAGUCAAAAUAAUUGGUACAAACUGUAAAUAUAUAAACAAUGUAUAAAAAAGAUGCAACAUAAUAAAAAAUGGGAAAAAAAAGAUUUUUUGAGAAAUAUUCAAAACAAACAAAGACCCAAUGUUUAAAGUUAUAUCAAACGAAUAACUGACUAUAUAUAGACAUGUUUGCAAAGUAAAGAGCCGGGAUACAUUCACACUGGAGUAUGAGCCGGGAUACAUUCAUACUAGUAUAGAGCCGGGGUACAUUCACUCCGGUAUAGAGCCGGGAUACAUUAACACCAGUAUAGAGCCCGGAUACAUUCACAUCAGUAAAGAGCCGGGAUACAUUCACACUGGUAUAGAGCCGGGAUACAUUCAUACUAGUAUAGAGCCGGGAUACAUUCAUACUAGUAUAGAGCCGGGAUACAUUCACUCCGGUAAAGAGCCGGGAUACAUUAACACCAGUAUAGAGCCCGGAUACAUUCACAUCAGUAAAGAGCCGGGAUACAUUCACACCAGUAAAGAGCCGGGAUACAUUCACUCAAAUAUAUAGCCGGGAUACAUUCACACCAGUAUAGAGCCCGGAUACAUUCACAUCAGUAUAGAGCCCGGAUACAUUCACAUCAGUAAAGAGCCGGGAUACAUUCACACCGGUAUAGAGCCGGGAUACAUUCACAGCAGUAUAGAACCGGGAUACAUUCACUCAAAUAAAGGGCCGGGAUACAUUCACACCAGUAAAGAGCCGGGAUACAUUCACUCAAAUAUAGGGCCGGGAUACAUUCACACCGGUAUAGAGCCGGGAUACAUUCACAUCAGUAUAGAGCCGGGAUACAUUUACGCCAGUAUAAAGCAAGGCUUAUCUUCACAUCAGUAUUUUCUGUCCAGGUCAUAUAUUAGUACGUUGAUAUAACAAUUUUCCAAACUAAUUAAGACAGUUUUAAAUUCUAAACAGGAAAAGUUCAAUCCCUAUAAAAGAAUACUUCAAAAUGAUUAAAAACAGUGCAUGAAAAGUUCAAAAGUUCAAACUAUACAUACAGUAGGGUAAUAUUUACCAUUACAGCCUUUGUUAAUGUAAUUGUAAUCAGGUUAUUUUGUUUAUAUUUUAUAUUAGAUCUUUUUCUAAUAAAUGUUAUAUGGAAGAAUGAAAAAGCUUUAUGUUACUUAUACGUUAUCCUGAACAAGUUUUUAUCUAGUUCUUUACUAUAAAACAAAAUAUAUGUUCAAAUACAUUUGUGCCUUGUAUGCCAGUUAUGACAUGUUCAUGACAUUUGCAUGUUCAGUGAUAAAAAGAAAACUAGAUUCAGUGUUUGAAAUUAUUUUUGUCCAAUAGAAUUGC